AUGAAGAUUCAAGUUGUUUCAAGGGACUACAUCAAGCCAACUUCUCCAACACCCUCUCACCUUAGAACCUUCACCAUUUCUCUCUUGGACCAGCUCGUCAGUACUGGUUACGUCCCCUUCGUCUUUCACUACCCCAUACCCGAUGUCAGCUCUAUCAAUCAAAUCUUGGCUCGUUUGAAAAGUUCGCUGUCCGAAACCCUGUCUCGCUUCUAUCCGUUGGCUGGUCGGCUUAAGGAUCACAUGUCGUUUGAUUGCAAUGAUGAAGGAGUUCUAUUCAUAGAAACCCAUGUUCGUUGUGACAUGUCCGAGUUUCUUGAAAGACCUGAAAUCGAAGUCCUGCACCGAUUUGUUCCUUACCAAGGCUUCGUUCCAGAGCCACCAAAUACCUUAUCUCACCUAGCUAUUCAAGCCAACGUAUUUGCUUCUGGGGGAAUUUCCAUUGGUUUGUCAAUGUCGCACAAGGUGUUAGAUGCAAAUACAAUGGCUUCUUUCCUUAGGUGUUGGACUGCCUUGUCUAGCGGCUGUCAAGACCAAGCAAUAUUCCCUGACCUCAGCUCAGCAUCCUCGCUUUUCCCUCCUAGCUCCGAACAACUACCACGUAGCAUGGCAUUUCUCAAGGAGAGUUGGUUGAAUCAAGGGAAAAGCACCUUGAGGAGAUUUGUGUUCAAUAGUAACGCUAUAAAAGCCCUCAAGGUCAAGGCCACUAGCCAGCUAGUUCCUUAUCCAAGCAGUUCCCAAGUGAUAACUUCUUUAAUCUGGACGCGUGCAAUGGCUGCUUCCGCAACAGUCAAAGGCUCCCAGCACCCAUCCACGUUGGUCUUUGCAGUAAACAUGAGGCAACGAAUGGCACCCCCAUUGUCCCAAAACGCAUUUGGGAAUAUCUUCUGGCUAACAAGUGCACACCACAAUGCAACCCACACAAAUGAAGACGAUGAGCUGCAAGUUGUGGUGGGUCGCGUGAAGGAAGCAGUUAAAAAACUAGACUCUAAAUUUAUCCAAAGUAUGCAAGGGGGUGAAGGGUGUCACAAGAUUCGCGAGUUGAUGGAAGAAAGAGACGAAGCAUAUGCCAAAGAAAGACCCAAAAUGUACAUGGUUAGCGACUUGAGAAAUUUCAAAUUGUCGGAAUUGGACUUUGGGUGGGGAAAGCCUAUUUGGGUUAGCCAUGUUUGGGGAUUCCCCAGUUCAGUGUUUGUGAAUGGGGCUUUUUUAGCAGAAAGCAGCGUGAAGGGAGGAAUAGAAGCAUGGGUGCACUUGGACGAACCUGAAAUGGCUAUUUUGGAACAAGACCCUAAAUUCAUGUGCUACGCUCCCUCAAAUCCAUGUUUUUGGGUGCCAUCAUCAUAG